AUGGGUCUAAUCGUCGGUGAAUUAGCUGCCUCAUUCAUUCUCAAAAGUCGAGAAACUGAUGGUAGUAUGAUAAAUGAAAACUACAUUCCAACAUUGACCCCGGGCUACCAUCAGAUGGACCCAACCAAUCCUAUUCAAGGUUUUAGCGAUCCUCAUUGGGGGAAAGUUAAACCAUUUUUUCUAGAUUUCGCAUCAAAAUUCCGCGCACCCAAUGCUGUCGGUGAAAUUAUUUGGAUCAAAAACAAGCACAGUACGUACCAACGAUCAAACCCUUUUUGGCGACCUAUUAUCGGUAUUCGCGAUCCACAAUGGGUACCAUUAGGAGCUCCUUCGUUUCCAGCAUCUGUUUCGGGCCAUGCAACAUUCGGAUCAGCGACUUUUGAAGCAUCACGACGCUUUUACGAUAGAGACAAUAUUUCAUUUCAGUUUCAAUCUGAUGAAUACAAUGGAAAAACAAUAGAUUCAAAUACUGGACGACCUCGACCUGCACUAUUUCGAAGUUAUGCUUCAUUGUCAGCAGCUGAACAAGAAAAUGCCGACAGUCGAAUAUACUUAGGUGUGCAUUGGCGUAGUGAUGCAUUACGAGGGCAAGAAAUUGGUAGACAGGUGGCAUUUGAAGUUUUCCGAAAAUAA